GUAAACUCUCUGUUCUCUGCCCCCCGACAGCUUCGUUUUGCGGCUGCUUUGAAACCGAACCCCUCAAGAUGAAGAGGACCCUGAAUUUCUGCUCAGCCCUCAGCCUCCUGAUGGCCUUCUUCUGUCAUCAGGCACAAGCAUGUGGCAGUCAAGAGUACUGGAGUUCCAAAGGCUACUGUGUCCCUUGCGAAGGUUGUCCUCCGGGAGAGGAGCCAGACAGGACAUGUGGCUAUGGGAAAGGACUGGGGAUGAUUUGCAAGGCUUGCUCUGCGGGAACCUUCUCUCCCAGCUAUGGGCUGGAAUUCUGCUUACUGCACACCCACUGCGAAGCCAAGAGGAGGGUCCAUGCCAGCCCUGGAACAGCCGCGGCGGACACCUUGUGCGGGGACUGCAUGCCCGGAUAUUAUAGCCCUGAAGGUGAGACAGACCCAAACGCCACCUGCCUGCCUUGUUUCUCUGCCCCCAAAGGCCUCCCAGGAUGUUCAGGAUCCAGGAAGUGGCUGACCCGCCUGGCACGCAACGCCGAAGCUCUGCAGAGGCGGGACAACAAGAUGGCUGCCAACGGAACCCGAGAGGGGAAGCCGGAGGAGAGCGCCACCCAGUAUGCCGUCUUGGCCAUUGUCCCGGUCUUCUGCGUGAUGGGCCUGCUAGGGAUCCUCUUCUGCAACCUGUUGAUGAAGAAAGGCUAUCACUGCACCGCCCACAAGGACACGGACGAGGAGGGGGCCAAAUCCGAGAGGAACGGGAAUAAUCCUGGCUACAGAAUAGAAGAUGCCAAUGAAGACACCAUUGGAGUCCUGGUGCGUCUGAUCACAGAGAAGAAAGAGAACGCCGCAGUCUUGGAGGAGAUGCUGAAAGAUUAUCACAGCAAGCAGGUCUUGCAGCCCAUCUAUAAGCCCAUCAACAAGCUGCAUCUCCUGCCUCAGUUGCCCCACAUCUGCAGGCACCAGCACCACCUGCACACAGUCCAAGGCUUGGCCACCCGCCCGGGCCCCACCUGCACCCGGUGCAGCCAGAAGAAGUGGCCGGAGGUGCUGCCCUCGGCAGAAGCCACGCCGGCCACCUCCAUCGCUCCUGGCAGCGCCACCGCGAAGCUCGCAAAGCCCGGAGGCAAGGCUUGCAGGCCGGGAGAGAUCACCAUCCUCUCCGUGGGCAGGUUCCGCGUGGCUCGUAUCCCCGAGCAGAAGCCCAGCCCCUCGGAAGUGAAAACCGUUUCGGAGAGCGUGGGGGCGGAGCCCGCCGAGCCCCCCUAUGCCUGCCUCGUCCCGGAGGAAAAGCCACUGGUCAGCAACGGAGUGAAGCCGAAAUGGCUUACGACGGCAGAUGGCCGACAAGAGGUGAUCAUCUGACUCCAAGCCGCCGCGACGCAGAUGGGACAUUGGAUCAAGGGGAGGCCUCCGGCCAAACAGCCAUCACCCGAGGCUUGCGAGCGCUGGGCGCUGAAGAAGGUGAAGGACUGCCCUUGUUCCCCCCCCCCACUGCUCUUGGGAAACCGCCAGCAUCCUGGAGCAGAGCCAUGGGGCAGGCCCUCCAUGGGUGUAACGCCGUCCGUGCCACCUGGAGAGUCGAACUCUGGAGGACACCCUUGGCAUUGCAAAGACUCUCCGCUGCCCUUCUCCCCCCUUGCGCAAGGACCUAAGGGAAGCAACGCAGUGGGGGCUUUAGGGAAGGGGCUCCCUUUGGCCUCCAAACUUGGAAUACCACUACAUGUGCGCUUUUGUUUACAUGGCAUGGAAUCAGCUCUCUAGCGCCAGCCAGGCUGGGUAGGCUUCUGAACAGUGAAAAAAUAGUUUUUUGGGGGUUGUUUUUCCCCCCCCCAGGGGCGAAAAUCCUCCAUAGAUCUAACACAGGGCCAAAUUCUGCUGCAGAGGAAAUAGAUGCUUUAGAAGUUUUUCGCUUUCCCAAGCCGCUGUACAGGAUCCGGUCGUGAGGGCAUAGGGUUUUCUCAGCACCAAACCAGCAAUAUUUGCUUUAGUUUCUUUGUGUUGUAUCGUGCCUUUCCUCCCAGGAAGUGAAGGGGGCAAACGUGGUUCAUCUCCACCCGUAUUAGACUCAAAACACGCUGAGAGGGAGGUCUGGCCCAAGGUCACCCAGUGGACUGAGUGGGGAUUCGAACCCUGGUCUCCCGGGUCCUAGACUUGACACUACAGCACACCUUUCUGCCACUGGGGGAGGAGGGGCGUUCAUCCCUACGAUUCCCCACCUGCCCCCUAAGUAGCUAUUAUGGUAGCUUAGUGCAGUUAUGAAACGGGUUUCCUCCAAUGUCAUGCGCACCCCCACAAGAUGCAAGCAUCAAUGGUGUCGCCCAGCUCCUGGCUCCCUCAUUUCGCCCUCAUUUUAAUGGGGGGGGGCUUUAUUUAGAAAGCAAUCUAUUGCUCUCCUGGUACCGACCGAAAGAGAGCGCUUGUUUUUGUGUGUGUCUGGAAACGCCCUUGGGGCCUGAUCCGCUGGGAAGCCCCUCCAUGCAAACGCCAUUAACCCUGCCACCCAGCACCUGUCUGCUCAGCAGUUAUCCCUGAUGAAUUCAAUGGGACUUACACCCAAGUAAACGCAUACAUAGGGUUGCAGGCUCGAGCGCUUGUCUGGUCCCCGGCCACAUCGGUGGGGCUGGAGAGCCUUUCUCAUGGAUCGUGCCCAUCGAAUCGUAGGAUGGUAGAGUCGAAGGGAAUCAAAGGGCCUCUUUGUGAGCAAACGUUGUUCCCAUGUUUGGGAACACAAGGAGGUGGGAGGAGGUCUUUCCUCCCAGGAAACAGGUAUGCAGGUAAGGUCUUGCUUUCGCCCCACCUGGUCCUUUCAUCUCGCAUCACCUGUUAACGCACCUGGGUUCGCCGCCUUGGUCCUGGGAAGUCCCAAGACUGUGCAGACAUUUCUGGAAUAGUUCCAUCUAGUCUCCAGGCGCAGAAUCAUUGCAAUGGUAGAGUUGGAAAGGAUCCAUAGGGGUCAUUCAGUCUGACCCCCUGCAACCCGGACGCCUCUAGAAAGCUCGCAAGCAGGAGAAAGCCCCCUUCUUCUCCUCUUAGUCUCCCAGCUUCUGGAGGUAGAAACCAGCAACCAAAGAAUCCCUCUCUGUUCCAAAAAGAGCAACCCCUCUCCGUCAGGGAGAGACGACUUUGGCCAUGCCUGGAUUCCAGCUUCUAGUGUCCCUGGAUCAUUUUGGCGGGGGCAGUUGGGAGCUGGGGGUCUCCAACAACUUCUGGAGAGCCGUGGGUUCCCCACCACUGCAUUACCAGAGAGUGCGCAUGCAUAUGCGUGCGGGUUUAGCAAUGCUCAAUGUUUAAAGGUUCUGCAUGGAGAAAAUGGUGGCCGGGAUAAAAACGUAGCUCAUUCCAAUUUGCGUGAUUUCCUCUUCCUCCGAUUAAUUUCUACUGCUUGGGCCAGGUGCGAGGGAAGCGGGGCUUGAGAGAGUGCUGAAAGCCUCGUUUAAGAAUCCCCUCUGGCUUCUUAGCAGGCUUUCCCACACUUUGACAGCAAUGAGGACUAGACACUUGCUCUUGAAAAAGAAAGAAAAGGGUUCUGUCAUUCUGAAAGGAGAAGCAAAGCAACAUCUCCAGAAACUGAAUUCCACGUUCUUUCUUUUUCUCUUGAUUUAGAAGAUCCCCACUUUUGGAUUAAAAUAAAGAGCAGAACAAGCAUUAAAUAUGAGCUUCCGAUUUUAAACAGACACUAUAAACAAGAGCCAGCGAGAUCAACAACCAAAAUGUAGUCUACACAUUCAAAUUUACCCUUGGGCAAUGUGUACAAGCUAAAGGUGCCCUAAUGGGCUUAGCCAUGUUGCUAGACCUCAGCGUGCGGGGCAGGUAACACCUUAGAAACAUGCUCUCUCUGGGUUCCUAAAACGGCAGGCUAGGAAACAGGCUGCGUCUCGAUUUUCUACUGCUAAUCUGGGGGUCGACUAGAUGACUCUUGGGGUCCCUUCCAACGCUACCAUUCUAAGUCCUGCAGAGGAACCGAAAGGGGGCAGGGGUUGUUGCAGUUUGAACUUGCAGGUCAUAGUGGGCACCCGGCAGCCAGAGUGAGCCCUGGCACCUUUUAGGAAUCAAAUGUUUCGGGCCCUUGGUUGUGGAAACAGCAUUUGCUAAACCUUGAGGCUGGCAGAUUCCAGGUGUUUUCCAUCCAGCUGUUUACAAACAGUCUACUUCUCUUAACCCAGCUCAUCAGCCAACACAGCUUUUUUCUGUUAUCUGUCAUUAUUAUUAUUAUUAAUUUUUUUCUACAUUGAAAUGUUAUUUAUGUGGGCAAAGCAGGGGGAGGAGGGGGAACCUCUGGCCUCCUCAAAGCAGCCAGCCCUCUCCCCCCCAGCUCAGACUUGCCCCUUGUCUUAUUUAUUUUAUUAAUGGUUUGUGGUGUUUUGUCGGGGAGAGAAGGUUGGGGGGGUCUUUUAUGUUAAGGGUGUUAUUGGUGGCUUUCAAGCCUGUGGGUUUCGUUUCUGUACAUUGAUAAAUAAAAGCAAUCUAGAAAGCGAAA